AUGGCAGCUCCUAGAGUUUCUAGUGAUGGUUCAAAGAAGAGGACUCAGUUUGGUGCAGAACAGUCAGACGUCUACAACCACGUCAGAGACCAAACCCAGAACCAUCUGGACACGUACGCUAGAGAAGGACUCCGCACGCUCUGCAUCGCCAAGAAGGUCCUGGACCAGGACCAGUACGAGUCCUGGCUGAAGGGGCAGGUUCUGGCCGAGAGCAGCAUCGAGAACCGGGACGAGCUGCUGCUGGAGUCGGCCCAGCGGCUGGAGACGGAGCUGACGCUGCUGGGCAGCACGGGUAUCGUGGACCGGCUGCAGGAGGACUUCCCCGAGACCAUCGAGGCCCUUCAGGGGGCCGGGAUCCGGGUCUGGGUUCUGACCGGGGACAAGCAGGAGACGGCCGUCAACGUCGCUAACGCCUGCAGGCUCGUCCGGUCCGACGACCGGCUGCUGACGCUCAACUGUGAGAGCAAGGACGCCUGUGCAGCUCUGCUGGAGCAGCUGAACCUGGAGGUCCAGCGGGCCGAGGACGGACCAGGAGACCCGACCGGAGACGGCCCCGGCUCGGUCCUGGUCAUCGACGGCCGGACCCUGGACUGGGCCCUGCAGGACGGGCUGCAGAGCAGCUUCCUGGACCUGAGCCGCCGCUGCCGCGCCGUCAUCUGCUGCCGCUCCACGCCGCUGCAGAAGAGCCAGGUGGUGCGGCUGGUCCGGGACCGGCUGGGGGUCCUGACGCUGGCCGUGGGCGACGGCGCCAACGACGUCAGCAUGAUCCAGGUGGCCGAAGUGGGCGUCGGCAUCUCGGGCCAGGAGGGGAUGCAGGCCGUCAUGGCCAGCGACUUCGCCGUGUCUCGGUUUCGUCACCUCAGGAAACUGGUUCUGGUCCACGGACGCUGGUGCUACCACCGGCUCGCUAACAUGAUCCUGUACUUCCUUUCUUCUGCGUUCUCCGGCAGCGUGAUGAUCAACUCGUGGGUUCUGAUUCUCUUCAACUUGGCCUUCACGUCGGUGCCGCCGCUCGUGUUCGGCGUCCUGGACCAGGACACACCGGCCCAGACGCUGCUGCGGGUCCCGGAGCUGUUCCUGUUCCGGGUUCUCCACAGAACCCUCCACCCGUCCGCCGCCCUGAGAUCCGCUCAGAGAGACGAAGCUGACUCGGAGCGGUACCGGAGACGGAUGCAGCGCUGGAACCAGAAACACCCCAGGACCGGCAGAGUGCCGUUGUGUGCCGACAACCCGGGCCUGGAGCCGGGCCUGGAGCCGGGCCCGGACCAGGUGAAGCAAAUCUUGCAAUCAAGGCUCUCAGGUGGAGACAGCGGUGAUAAAAAGGAGAAACAGAUGCGGCGCAGCCGUUGA